UCACCCACCGAAAACCCUCCUCCAUCGCCACCGGGAUCAGUAUUCGGAAUGCAGCUAAUUCAUUCUGAUAAGUUUUCCCAUCGAGCUAUUCACAUAUCUGUCAUUCAAUCGUCAAUAUACGAAUUGAGGUAUGUUUAAGCCCUCAAUCUCUCUGUAUACAUACAUACAUUAUUGCAUCUGGGAAUUGAAUUCGAUUGAACCCAGUCAAAGGACAGCAGAUUUUGCUCUUAUGGGUAUGACUCUUAUCUGAGAUUUGAAAAUAUGCUCUCUCUGCGCCCAUAUCGCAGAUUUAGAACCUAUGCGACCAUUCCAGCCUCCAUUACAUCGAUUUCUAACGGUAAAAUUAGUUUGACUGCAAACGAUAUUAAGAAACCCUUAACUUUAGAGGAACCUGUCCUUGUUAAGCUAAAGACAGAAAGAGACCCGGAAAAAUUAUUUCAUUUGUUCAAGGCUAAUGCCCAUAACCGCUUUGUUAUAGAAAAUAAGUUUGCGUUUGAGGAUACGGUUUCCAGGCUAGCUGGGGCUGGCCGGUUUGAUUACGUCGAGCAAUUACUUGAGCAUCAGAAGGCACAGCCUCAGGGCCGCCGCGAAGGGUUUAUUAUGAGGAUUAUAAGGUUAUAUGGAAAGGCUGGAAUGGUUAAGCAUGCUGUCAAUACUUUCAGAGAUAUGCAUUUAUAUGGUUGUCGUCGCACUGUUAAAUCUCUUAAUGCGGCCCUUAAGGUUUUGGCACAUACAGGUGACUUGGAUGCCUUGGAGUCGUUUCUUAGGGACAUUCGUUGCAAGUUUGAUGUUAAGCUAGAUGUAGUUUCUGUGAAUAUUCUGAUAGAUGGACUUUGUCGAAUGGGUAUUCCUGAUAAAGCUUACAUAAUCAUGGGAGAGAUGGAAAAAUCAGGGAUUACACCUGAUGUAGUCACAUACACAACUCUUAUAUCAGCAUUUUAUAAAUUGAAUCGAGCAGAAGUAGGUAAUGGUCUUUGGAAUCUUAUGGUGAUGAGAGGCUGUUUGCCAAAUCUAGCAACCUUUAAUACCAGGGUUCAGUUCUUGGUGAACAGAGGACGGGUAUGGCAGGCUAAUAGUUUAAUGGGCAUGAUGCGUUAUCUUGGAAUCACUCCUGAUGAGGUUACAUUUAACUUGGUGAUAAAAGGGUUUUGCAUAGCUGGUUAUAUUGACAUGGCCAAAAGGGUUUAUUCUGCUUUACAUGAUGAGGGUUACAAGCCGAAUGCCAGAAUUUAUCAAACAAUGAUGCAUUAUCUUUGUAAAGAAGGUGAAUUUGACAUGGCGUAUACAAUGUGCAAAAAUAGCAUGGAAAAGAAUUGGUUUCCAAGCAUCGACAGUAUCUAUCAACUACUUCAGGGGCUGCGGACCAUGGGGAAGAUUGGCAAAGCUAGGUUUAUUAUAUCUUUGGUGCAUAAAAGAGCACCUUCAUUUACUGCAAAUCAAUUGGGCAUCAUGGAAUCGAUUUUGCAAAAGAGUUGACAUUGUUCCAAGAGGAACAAGCAUUCUUUGUACAGUUUUCAUAUCUGGUGUUGAGAACAGUUCAUUUUUAGAUUCAUUCAUGAUGAAUAAUUAUCCAGGAAAAGAAAUAUUCUAAUAUGUUAGCCUAGUUGAUUUCUUAACCAUCAUUAUGUGGUUGAAGAAGAAAGGAUGCUAGGAGCACAGGGAAAUGACUCAAAUGAGGCAUCCAAACAGGAGGGUGAUAGAAGUAUUUCACAGAUAAAUAUGCAGAUGAAUUUUGUUGUCAAGUAUUCAAGUUAAAUGAAUUCGUGUUGCAAUUGACACCAACCACAUUCUGUUUUUACAAUUACUAUGCUGGCAUCUUGAUUUCAAGCCCAAGGGGAGAGGGAUGUUCCAAUUUGGUGGUGGGCAUGAGAGCUUUGUUUAUUAGGUACUUGUUGCUAAUAAGUUGGGACUUGGAACUUGAUAAAAGAGUUAUGGAUGAAUGAUGGAGUAGUAGCAUGAAAAGUGAACAAUUUCCUUUAGCUGAGUUAAACAAGAAAGAAGCCUGUAGAGGACUUGCAUAAAGAAAGAGAGCUACUCUACAUUCACAAACCAAAGCCAUCAACGACAAGAAUUCCCAUUGCUCGUCUAGUAAGGUUUUCACCUAUAACCUGCCCCCAGUAUUUAAGAUGGAAUUGAUCGAAUAAGCUCGUCGGAGAGUAUUGCUGACACGUGGUAUUAGACGGAUCGAGCCGACGACAAAACAGAUCUAGCCGAAGUCGAAGGGUUUGAAACAGAUUCAACCAAAGACAAAGAGAUUUAUUAUACGGCGAAGCGGGUCUACACUGUCAAUUGAGGCUAUGAAGCGGUCGACUAUUUUGUUUUCCGGUGGGUUUUUGUUGUUUCCGAUGAGUUCUUUUUCCGGAGUUGGUUUAAACAUUGUUUUUUCGUGUGUUUUGUUUGGAUUUGUUGCAGAUCUGGUUAAUAAUCUCGAACUAGAGUUCUUUUUUUGUUCAUUAUUUUGUUUAGAUUUAGAUGGAUAACAUGGGAUCGCAGUGUAAUUAUGGGUUUUAGGUAGGGGCAUCACAAUAUAUCACAGUGUAAUUAUGGGU